CUACCAGGAAGUAGUUGUAAACAUACCACAGGUGUCGGGACGUACGGUCGGGAAAUGUACAUUUAGCUUAUAUUUAAACGGUCUGUCCACAGGUUUUAGCUGAAAUGUUCAACAAUUGACCCACAACGUUAAGUUAAUGAUUUUAACUGUAUAUCUUCGACUCUCUUAUCUUAGUUAUCCACGGUUGAGAAAUGUCAUGACCUUACUGUGUUGUCAUGGAAACUACCAUAGUCGAAUGAUGGAGCGGUAGUGAAACAGCUACGAGUGGACAAGCCUUCUCAAGUAGUCUACAGCAUUUAGGAUGCAGUCAGUUAGAUGUUGGGUCAGAUAGAGAAACGCUGCUACAAGAAUGAUCAGACACACGUUUCGAGCGACGUGUGUCCUCUCUGCCGGCGUGCGCUGCUUCUCUGACUCUUCAGUCGGAGAGGUAACUACAUGUGGCCGGACAGACCUCACCAGGCAGGCGUCCCUCUACGUGCAUUGGCCUUAUUGUCUCAGGAGAUGUUCCUACUGUAACUUUAACAAAUACAUACCCAGAGAGAAUAAAGACAAUAUAAUGACUGAGUGUCUUCAGAGAGAGACAGAGACACUGCUGCGGCUCAGUCAGGUAUCACGUAUCACAUCAGUAUUUUUUGGUGGAGGGACUCCAAGCCUGGCUCACCCUUCGACCAUCGCUGCAGUCCUCCACACUGUUUCCAAGCAAGCAAGACUCUCAGAUAAGGCCGAGGUCACUCUUGAGGUCAACCCUACUCCUGUGGGAAUGUCAAAGCUAGAGGACUUUUGCCAUGCAGGAGUGAACCGUUUCUCCAUUGGUGUCCAGUCUUUGCAGGAUGAGGAUUUAAAAAUUCUGGGAAGGGACCACAGUUCACAUCACGCUUUGCAAACCAUCGAAGAGGCCAGGAGGAUGUGCCCCGGGAGGGUGUCUGUAGAUGUCAUGUUCGGACGGCCCAAACAGACAGUUGAAUCCUGGGAAAAUGAGUUGUCUGAGCUGCUGAAAGUGUGCGACGACCACGUGUCUCUGUACCAGCUGACCCUGGAAAGAGGUACCCAGCUGUUCAAACAGGUACAACAAGGAGACAUGAGCGUACCGGCUGACGACGUGACAGCGGAGAUGUACCAGUGUGCCAGAGAGACUCUCCAUCAGCAUGGUUUCCUGCAGUACGAGGUGUCUAACUUCGCAAGACAUAACGCAGUGAGUCAUCACAAUAUGAGCUACUGGAAGGGAAGACAGUACGUCGGUGUUGGCCCAGGAGCCCAUGGGCGGUUUGUUGUUCCUGGGGAGGGAGGUGUCGCUCGCGAGGCCAGGACCCAGACUCUGGAGCCUGACGUGUGGAUGCGUGAAGUCCAGCAGAGGGGACAUGGGACUCGUAGGCGGAUUCAGCUCAGCCAUCUUGAACUUUUGGAGGAGGUGUUGGUGAUGGGGAUGAGAAUGACAGAGGGGAUCCAUCACGAGCACUGGGAGUUGUUCAGCCAUGAACUGGGACUGUAUGAAAUCUUCGGUACAUCUGUUGAAGUCCAAGAAUGUCUACAGAGUGGAAAACUUGUUCUUGAUGAGAGAGGUCUGCGUUGCUCCUGGGAUGGACUGGCUUUACUGGACAGCAUGCUUCCGGCUCUACUGGUGGAGCUGGAACGACGAAUCAGUCCGGGGCUUCAAAGGGAAAACUAUGCUGAUGGAGCAACAGAGAAGACCUCCAACUCGAGAUGACAGCAAGGUUCACAGAGCCACAAGCUUCAGAGACCGCUCACUGAAGUGUGAGACUGACGCGACAUGUUUGUAGUUUUUAAAACAAAUGGAUAUUGUAUAUCCACAUCAUCUUUUUGACACGCCUUACUUGAAUAACAAUAUGUAUUGUCAUAUUUUCCCAAUGCAGUCGUACUUUACUGAUAAGCCACAGAAUUAAAACAUGUAAAACACAUCAAAUCAA